ACUGUCAAAAUUGAAAGUUUUCGAUUAAAAAAUUAACAAUGAAAUGAGUGAUUCUGGGCAUGAAUUGCGUGAAAACAAUGAAAAAAUCGUAAAGUUAAUGUCGAUACUCAAAAAACAACGAAACGAAAUGAAUUUUUUAAUAGAAAAGCAGGUAGAAGAGAAAAGUCGGAUACAAAACGAGAUCGAACGAUUAUCGUUUAAACUGUCGUUGUUGACGAAAAGUCUGGGUCAGAGAGUUCUAGCUAAGAAUAACUACGACAAGACGAUCAAAGAAAUCGAAGAAAACUACUCAAGUCUAGUCGAAGAGUCGGGAAAACUCCUCUCGACCAUCACCAAAGAGGUGCACGAGCUGGAGGAGAUCAUGGACAAGAAAAUCGGGACCGAACAAAAGCUUGAGGAGAAACGACGGUCGAUGGAUGAAGGGCUCGAAAAACUUGAAGAAGCUUCCAACGGCUCCCCCGCCAAUGCCUCAGCCGAACUUGAAGAAAACGAAGACCAGGCUGAAGAAUCAAAAGACACAACCGACGAAAUCUCGAUGAAAAGCGAGGAAGAAAUCGAGCAAAAACUCUCCCCCUCAAAAAUCGACAAACCGCCCCCAAUCAAAUCGCUCACAAACGGCGUCAAGAACUUCAACCCGAGCAUCGACGUCGAGCUGCAGAGCUACAGGGAGGCCUACGGCCGCCAGCACACCACCCCCUCGCCCCCACACUCAAUCAACGGGAUCCCAGGCAGCCCCAACAAACGGGGCUCCCUGCCCAGCAAGAGCAGUCGCCGCAGAUCGGGCCCCCGAUAAUUACCUUGCAACAGCACGAUGUCAUCACGCCCGUCCUGCCCCUAAAACACCAAAUUAAACCCACUUUCAAUUUACCCCCAAUACAAACCUUGAAAAAGUCGGUGAUUGUGUUAGUCUCGAGUGUGAUUUUGGGACCGCGACGUUUCGGGUGUGGAGAGCAGCAAUCGUCAGGACGGGUGCAUGCGAAAACGGCCUUCACGCGACGACCUACAACCAAAAGUGCUCAGUUGCUUGUCUUGUCAUUUUUGAGGUUAUGUCGAAUAAAAUUGUGCUUGUCUUCAUGAAAUUCGCCCCAAACGUGCGGAAUGACACGGCCAACACUCCACCAAGACUAGCAUUCAAACAAAUUCGAUUAUUAACGAAUUAUCAAAAAGUUAAUUUCGCGAUCGCGUCCUGUGAUUAGAAAAAAUGGCCGAUGAAAACAAAACAAAGCCAACGAUUUUUCCGGAAAAUUUCGGUGUGAAACCAAUUAAAAGGGGCGAAAACUAAUCGGAUACACACCCCUGACCAUUUUACACAAUAAUGUGUCCCAAAACGCGCCCUCAAGAAACCAAUUUAUCGCCCGCAACUUGAACAAAACCGAACUCAAAACAAUAAAACGCGACGCGGGUCAAUAAUAUUAAGCGUUGGGGCACUUUUUUUCUACAUUUUUCUACUUUCUUUGGGUUAAAAUUCGAUAAUAAAUCGGCUUGAACCACCACAAGCCAAGCGUCGCAACUUUAAAAUUCGACUUUGUUGCGAUUGGUCGGUUUGGGUCACGUGCAAGUGGUCGUUACACGUCACCAAAGGGCGGGUAAUUCAAACUGGUCGAAUCUUUAACCAUGUAUUUGCUACAUAUAGAAAUUACAUAGUAUGAAAAUAAGGGGUUAAAGGGUCGAGGAGAGCUUCGGGAUGGGAUUCAGGUAGGUUCGAGAGUAAAAUAACAUUAAAUGUACAGUAAAGUCCUAAGCUAGUGAGUGAAGAGAGCGUUAUUUGAAUUUAGUUCGUCUAAAUUAUAACAAUUGCCUAAUUAAUUAAUUGAUCUAAAUUAAAGCGAGUCGCUUAUUAAAGACCAUGCCCAUCCCGUGGGUUUUUUAUACAAAAAUAUAUCUUGUACAGUGGCGACACUUGUCCAGGUCUAGGUUGGCAACGAUUCACAUUGUAGUUGUUGCCAACGUAAACGAACAAGUGGCACUUCCUCCGUGUUUCGGAAGAAUCGUCCGAAGCAAGCAAAAAUUAAUUUUAGUUCUUCUAAAUGUAGCGGCAGUGACUCAAGUCAUUUAAAAGAACUAAACGUGAUAUCACCUGGAGCUGUUAAUUUAAAUGGACGUUAUGUCACGAGUAAACGCUCCAUAAAUUAUUCAAGAAGUAAACAAAAAUUAUAAUCUACAUUCAAGUAUAACAAGACUUAAGUACAACUUUAGUAAAGAUGGCUUAUAUAUAUAGAUUAACAACUUACGGAAUAAGGUUUCUUAGUAUAUGAAUAUAUUUAGCAACCAACAUUCACUGAGGGAAGGGCCGACCAAGAAAUGUUGAUUUUACGUGCAUUUAAAGCCGAUCUAGAAUUGUGCGUCCCAAUCAACAUUUCCCGAAAAAAUCACAAAAUAAAAAUAAAUCAACCAGCAAAAAUUAUAUUCAACAUUCAUAUAAUAUACACCAAAAACACGCCACGUUUUGGAUUUAGAAAUCCAUUUUCGAGUCACCCACACCGAGAGAGUCCAUCAAAACACACUUGUUGAUUCGAAAAUGGAAUUAACCGAAAUAAAAACUAAAAAAAACCUGGGUAAACAUAGAAUACAUCUUUUUGUUGUUAUUGUUAUCAAGUAUUUAAAUUUUUCAUUGGAAUACUGGUACAGGGAAUGAUAAUUUAACCG